AUAUGAAGCUAAAGAUAAACUGAGCCUCUGCUAUGUUUAGAAUGAAGUUCUAAACAUAGAAUGAAGUUCUAAACAUAGCAGGGACAAUUUAGAAAUAGGUUUAUAUUUACUGAGAAUACACGGACCCAGACAAGCCAGAGGUCAAUUAAUUAUUAAUGUGGAAAGAGAGAGAAUAUUGACGUUAAUAGUUUUUAUGAGUCACAACGAUGACACAGGUCUUGAGCCGAAGCCAACACAACUGCCUGUCAAAACAGUUGCUGCCCUUUAUCAGAGCCUUGAUCCGUUUAUUUAGCGUAGAUGGCAGCCGUAGUAAGUUUUAAUCCUAAUCCACUUGUGCUUUGUUUUGUUUAAGUGAUCAUGGGGCCUGUCUAAGACGCUUGGCUCUGCUACAAGCAUGUAGUCAGUUUGUGUUGGCUGAGAGUGUGUAGCUGCAGAGAGGGGACAUCCACUUACAAUAUUACAGCCACUGGGGCCUGUGCUGCUGUGCCUGGGAAAUGGAAAAAUCUAAGAGAUAGCACGUUUCGUAUUUUUUUAAAUUGUAACAGUGUUACUGGGAAGAUAGAAAUUAUGAGGUUCCUUUACAGGUGCUGAAGAAGUGAGGGUAGGUAAUGAAAGAAAGGUAACGUGGCCAGUGAAAACAGCAGAAGGUCAUGGGAUGUGGCAUGGGAAAAUCAGAACAGCAGCUGAAGAAACGUGGCAAAGUGAGCAUCUCAGUUCCAGCAAUGAGAGCUGCUCUGCUGAUCCAGCGCUGGUACCGUCAGUAUGUUGCCCGGCUGGAGAUGAGACGCAGGUGCACGUGGAACAUCUUCCAGUCUAUUGAAUAUGCAGGAGAGCAAGACCAGAUCAAGCUCUAUAAUUUCUUUGGUUUCUUGAUGGACCACUUCACCCCAGCCAGCAGUGAAAGAAACCUAAUAUCUCACAUCUUUCGUAAGAAUGAAAUCUGCCGUGACACAGAAUGGGAGAGAUAUUUUUGCUAUAAGAGCAUUGAGGUACCCGACAGCUACAAUGGCCCCCAUCUGACCUUCCCCAUGACCUUCUGCGGGGUAUCGAAGCUGGUGGAGGCCUUCAAGCACAAACAACAGCUACAUGCUCGAUAUGUUCUGCAGCUUCUUGGAGAGACUUGGAGACUUUUAAGAAUUCUUCCAAAUAUCAGUCAAGUCGCCGCCUGCCAUACGAAGGAGAUUACUAUAUGCGGAGAUUUACAUGGACACCUUGAAGAUCUGCUGUUGAUAUUCUAUAAGAAUGGUUUGCCGUCCUCUGAGAAACCGUAUGUAUUCAAUGGAGACUAUGUGGAUCGUGGCAAAAACUCCUUAGAGAUUCUGCUCAUCCUGUUUGGGUUCCUGCUGGUCUAUCCCAAUGAUGUCCAUCUGAACAGAGGGAACCAUGAGGACCACAUCGUUAACCUGAGAUAUGGUUUCACUAAAGAAGUUUUGGGAAAAUACAGGAUGCAUGGCAAGAUGAUCCUAAAGCUUCUCCAGAAGAUUUUCAGCUGGCUGCCUCUGGCCACAGUGAUUGAUCACAAGGUGCUGAUUGUGCAUGGUGGGAUCUCUGACACGACAAACCUUGACAGGAUAGCCAGGGUGGACAGACACAAAUACGUGUCAGCUCUCAGGCCUCCUAAAUCGACCCAUCAUGCAGUCAAUGGCAGUAAGACUCCGACAAUGAACAACAGGAACACAGAACUGGUGGAAAGCCGGCGUCGAGUGUGUUCUCUGACUCACCACAGCCCAGCCCCGGCUCACGGGCAUGACAUCCCACGCCGCUCACUCCACAGCGUACCCAUGAGCAGUCAACUCAACUGGUCAGUGGAGGAGGAGCUGAAAAGGAGGCGCAGACUGGCUGGGUUUGACCAGUCCUAUGGGGAACUGCAAAAGUCUGACUCCGACUCAGACCCGGAGUCAGGAGAAACAGCAGAGACAGAUGAGCAUGAGUGGAAACAAAUAGUAGACAUGUUGUGGAGUGAUCCAAUGCCCCAAAAUGGCUGCAUUCCCAAUGAAGUGCGAGGCGGAGGCUGCUACUGGGGGCCAGAUGUCACCGAGGAAGUGCUGGGAAGACACAACCUCCAACUCCUCAUCCGCUCCCAUGAGUGCAAACAGGAAGGCUAUGAGUUCUGCCACAACCGCAGGGUGCUGACUAUAUUUUCAGCAUCUAACUACUACGAGGUAGGCAGCAACAGAGGAGCCUACAUCCGAAUGGGCCCUGAUCUGGUCCCCCACUUCAAUCAGUAUCAGGCAAGCAGGACAUGCAGAGAGCUCACCCUGAGACAAAGUGUCGGGUGGACAGAGAGAUCAGCUCUACGAGCUCUGAGGGAACAACUGUUUGUGCACAAGUCAGAUCUCAUCAGUGCCUUCCAGGAGUUUGACGCUAACAAAACAGGGAUGAUCUCUCUAAGGCACUGGGCCAGCGCCACAGAGAGAGUUCUGAAUCUUGGUCUGCCCUGGAGAGUGCUGCGUCCUCAGCUGGUCAGCAGCACCCAGUAUGGCAUGGUAGACUACCAGCAGUGGAUAAGGGAGCUCUCCAUCACAGAGCCCAAACUAGAGAUCUCAGAUAACAGUAUCCUGGAGACUAUGUACAAAAAUCACUCCAACCUGGAAACAAUCUUCAGAAUCAUAGACACAGAUCACUCAGGUUUGAUCUCUUUCGAGGAGUUUCGUCAGACCUGGAAACUCCUGAGCUCCCAUCUUAACACAGAGAUCAGUGACGAGGCCAUUGCAGACCUGGCCCAGAGCAUUGACUUCAACAAGGACGGGAGCAUCGACAUCAAUGAGUUCAUGGAGGCGUUCCGGCUGGUGGACCUCUCUGCACAUAACAUGAGCCUGAGCCAGGAGCUGUAGCUGUACCUGCUGCAUAGAGAACACCAAGAACUCACUUAGAAGUAUCUCAUCCAUUUGAUCUGUGUCGGUUGAUUGUGCAUUAUUGUUUACCCCUGUGCAAACUAGAUCUUUUCUACCUCUUAGAUUUUUGACUUUUUUUUAUUUAAGUUUAUUUGAGAAGUUGGUGUAUUUUAAGAAUUUAUGUGUAACGUAAUGAUCACCUGUUUAGUUAUGCAUAAAACAUCAAACACGUGAUGUCGUCUUGGCCUUUUCUGUUGACUACGCUUGGCCCAAUGAAGUUAGGAAUCAAAGGAAUGCCCCAGAUUUCCCAGAUCACAAGUCUAUCUACAGGUCUUACAGAGUAAAACUGUAUAUGUGAAAAGAAAAUUGUGACUCCAGAGGGAGCUGCGUGAAGUCUGAUAAACUGACUCAAGUCAUGUCACUUCAGGUAGUGCUGGUUUGAAAGUUUGAAAAUCUGGAAGUGUGGCAUUAGAAAGAAGUGAGUUUACAGACCUCUGUAGCCUGCUUUUCAUCUCUUCUUAAGGCCAAGCUGUCAGUGGUCAAAUUGCACUGUGGGUAAUGUAGACAGCAGGUUGAACAGUGGAGUGAGUGGAAUAAUAAAAGACAAUAUCGCUGG